CGGGCCGCCGUGGCCGAGCUGCGCGCCGGCGCCGUGGUGGCCGUUCCCACCGACACGCUGUACGGCCUGGCCUGCUCGGCGAGCUGCUCGGCGGCACUGGGAGCUGUGUAUCGCCUCAAGGGCCGCAGCGAGGCCAAGCCGUUGGCCGUCUGCCUGGGCCGCGUGGCCGACGUCUACAGGUAUUGCCACGUGAGAGUACCCGAGGGGCUCCUGAAAGACUUAUUACCAGGACCAGUGACCCUGGUGUUGGAACGCUCUGAGGAGCUCAAUGAGGACCUGAACCCCUUUACUCGUCUUGUAGGCAUCCGGAUCCCUGACCAUGCCUUCGUACAGGAUUUGGCUCAGGUGUUUGGAGGACCACUUGCUCUCACCAGUGCCAACCUCAGCUCCCAGGCCAGUUCUCUGAAUGUGGAGGAAUUCCAGGACCUCUGGCCUCAACUGUCCCUGGUCAUUGACGGGGGACCAAUUGGGGAUGGCCAGAGCUCUGAGUGUCGCCUGGGCUCAACUGUGGUUGACUUAUCUGUACCUGGAAAGUUCGGCAUCAUCCGCCCAGGCUGCGCCCUGGAGAGAACUACUGCCAUCCUCCAGCAGAAGUACGGGCUGCUCCCCUCACACGGAUCCUGCUCGUGAAUCUCGGGAACAGGGAGGGCCCGAGGACUGGUGCUGGACACUGUGUGUCUGUCCGCUGGUGACUGGCAAAGCCUCAUUGACAGAGGCCACAGGGGCCAUGAUGUCGCUAGGCUGACACUUUAAGGCAGUGUGUCCCUCUGAACCCUGUAGACCCAGACCCUGGAAGAUGCUGGUUUCCUUUCACACUGGUUGGGGAGGUCCUGUUUGUGAAUUGUAACUUCAUAGAUCAGCCCAAAGCUGACUCAACACUUUGAGAACAUUCCUAGGAUGGCCUUGUUCUAAUAAGUUUCUUUUUGAAAGAUACUUUUGAAAAACUGAAAGAACAGACUUGGAAUCUAGUCAGAGCCUCCCCUCUAGUGGGUGGUCCAAAUCAGCUAGCACACCAGCUGGUGCUUUUCGAAAGUCUCAGGUGACCAAAGGCGUGUGUUUUUGCACCUGAAGCUGGACCCAGAUUAGGACAAAAAUUGUUGAGCCACGAGCCAAACACUGUUUGCUCUGAACCGGUGAGGCUGGUGGUGUGGUGUACUAUGAGGCCUGGCACAGAGGGUCAUCAUUUUGGGCUAGUGGUGCCAGCUCCAUUGGCAAGGGGUGGGGAUGGGGAGGUCCAAAUUAAAGAAUACUGGAAAGCAAAUGUCUACUAUUUUUAUCAGCCAGUGGUUUUUUUCUUAUUUAUUCAUAAAAUAAAUUCCAAAGAAUUAGACCUAUAACACCUUUCAUUUGAA